AUGAACUCUGUGGAAGAUGAUGUCACCAAACAAAACCACCAAGCUCAGACCAACCAAGGAAGCUGUAUAGGAAGUUCUCAUACCUCCCUGUCAAAGACAAACUCGAGCAGCUCAAUAAAAUCUCCACAGAAAUCACCUUCAAAGUCUAGAAAACCUGUUAGACAAGAAGAUUCAGAAAAUGUGUCCCCUGUCAAGUUAAAACGGAUGUUGAAUUCUGCAGAAUCUCCUGUAUCCCCAAAACGGCCAUGUUUGACAAACUUGGACUCAAACUGUCAUCAAGCAAAUCUUUCUAGUGUUAGAAUAUCUCUGUUCGCUGACGAUAAACUGCAGGACAAUGAUCAUGCCCAGCAGAGUACAGAUAAGCCAGUUCCUGUGUGGAAAAGUCAUGAAACUGAUGUCAGAUUUGAUGCUGACACCAAAACUGAAUGUGAUGCCCAAGAGUAUUCAGCUGCCUGUUCUCAGGUAGAGACUGGAGAAACAUGUCGUGCCUCCUAUAUAACACCCUCCAAAGAAAAACGCUGUGGUGCUGAAAAUGUUCUUUAUAAGGAAGCAUUAAACAGCCCAAAAGAACAAAACACAGAAGAUGCUGAUUUUAAUUCUCCAACUAGGAAUCUGCCCAACUUGGUAAUGGAUGAACCUCAGUUGUAUGUUUCUACCACUCCAAAGUCAGGUCGAAACAAGAGGCAUAAUUGGUUAACACAGAUCAGACUGGAGAAAAUGAAGAAAUCUUCACAAAUAGUGCCAGUACCAACAAGUCAGGGAAAAUUGUCCCCAAAGGUAACCAAAGGCAUGAGGAAAAUUAAUUCCUACUUCAAGUGA